CCGUUGUUGAGAGAGGUUUACUAGUUCAAUUGUUUAUUCCCUUUUCUAAUCUAAAAUCUAAAAUAGAUAAAGCAGGUAAUAUAGUCCGUAUUUGAUUUGACUGGACGGAGUUUGAAUACUCACCAGAUCUUCAUCAUCAUCAUCAAAUCGUAGAAGAAGGAAUGGAGAAUUUAAUAAAUCUGGUGAACAAAUUACAGAGGGCAUGUACAGCACUUGGCGAUUUCGGUGAAGGUUCUUCUCUUCCUACGCUUUGGGAUGCCCUUCCCACCAUCGCCGUCGUCGGCGGUCAGAGCUCUGGAAAGUCAUCUGUGCUGGAGAGCGUUGUUGGCAAGGAUUUUUUGCCUCGUGGAUCUGGUAUUGUUACUCGUCGCCCUCUUGUUCUACAGCUUCACAGAAUUGAUGAAGGUAGAGAAUAUGCCGAGUUUGCUCACCAGCCCAGAAAGAGAUUUACUGAUUUCGCUGCUGUUCGCAAAGAAAUUGCUGAUGAAACUGAUCGCGAGACUGGUCGCACCAAACAGAUUUCAUCUGUUCCCAUUUAUCUCAGCAUUUAUUCUCCUAAUGUUGUGAACUUGACCCUGAUCGAUCUUCCUGGUCUGACAAAAGUAGCUGUUGAGGGUCAAUCUGAGAGCAUUGUGCAAGACAUUGAAAACAUGGUGCGGUCCUACAUUGAGAAGCCUAAUUGCAUUAUUCUGGCAGUUUCUCCUGCCAACCAGGAUCUUGCUACAUCUGAUGCUAUCAAAAUUGCUCGGGAGGUAGAUCCACAAGGUGAGAGGACUUUUGGGGUUUUGACGAAGAUUGAUCUUAUGGACAAGGGUACUGAUGCAGUUGAUAUGCUGGAAGGGAAAUCAUAUAAGCUGAAGUUUCCUUGGAUUGGCGUUGUGAACCGCUCUCAAGCUGAUAUUAACAAAAGUGUUGACAUGAUUGCUGCUCGGAGGAGGGAGCGGGAGUACUUUGCCAACACUCCAGAGUACAAGCAUCUUGCUAGCAAAAUGGGCUCGGAGCAUCUAGGGAAAGUGCUAUCCAAGCAUCUGGAAACAGUCAUUAAGUCGCGGAUUCCGGGUCUUCAAUCUCUCAUCAACAAAACAAUUAUUGAACUUGAAACAGAGUUGAGUCGUCUUGGGAAGCCCAUUGCUACUGAUGCCGGAGGAAAGUUGUACAUGAUUAUGGAAAUAUGUCGCGCGUUUGAUCAAACGUUCAAAGAACAUCUUGAUGGCAUACGUCCAGGUGGUGACAAAGUGUAUAGCAUCUUUGAUAAUCAACUUCCUGCUGCCUUGAAACGUUUGCAAUUUGACAAGCAACUUUCGAUGGAUAAUGUGAGAAAACUAAUUACAGAAGCUGAUGGAUAUCAGCCUCAUUUAAUAGCCCCUGAACAAGGAUAUCGACGUCUUAUUGAAUCUACCUUAAUUACUAUCAAAGGUCCUGCUGAAGCAGCUGUAGAUGCGGUUCAUGGUAUACUGAAGGAUCUGGUACACAAGUCGAUUAAUGAGACUGCGGAGUUGAAGCAAUACCCUUCCCUCAGAGCUGAAGUAAUGAACGCAGCUUGUGACUCAUUAGAUAAGAUGAGAACUGAAAGCAAGAGAGCCACUAUACAGCUAGUUGACAUGGAAUGCAGUUAUUUGACUGUUGAUUUUUUCCGGAAGCUUCCCCAAGAUAUUGAAAAGGGUGGAAAUCCGACACACUCGAUUUUCGAUAGAUAUAAUGAUUCUUAUCUUCGUCGAAUUGGAUCAAAUGUGCUAUCUUAUAUCCAUAUGGUGGUUGGAACUCUAAGACAUUCCAUCCCAAAAUCUGUUGUUUUUUGUCAAGUUCGUGAGGCUAAACGUAGCCUACUUGACCAUUUCUUCACUGAGUUGGGUGCAAAGGAGGGAAAGCAGUUGGCUAAAUUGUUGGACGAGGAUCCAGCAAUAAUGCAGAGGCGCAUGGACUUGGCCAAGAGACUGGAACUGUAUAAAUCGGCCCAAACUGAGGUUGAUGCAGUUGCGUGGGCCAAGUAGACUCUCUGUUAUCUCACUGCGUCCCUUGUCACAUGGAUGCGUCCCUUGUCACAUGGAAAUUGGAACAGUAUAUUGUUUGGCCUGCAAGUUUAGGAUAAGUGCUUGCUUCUCCCCAUAUCCACCUGUUGUACCUGUUGUCUUUGUUUUUGUAGUGAGAACCUUUCUGGUAGUCGGUACGCAUGUUAAUAAUAGUAUUAUUUUAUGUCACCCAGACGGUUGUGGUCUGUUUUUGCCUUUUGUUUUCAUGUUAUGUUUUAGUUAUCAAUAUGUUUUUGUGGAUUAUGAUUAACAUACAACAAUUUGUUAUAUUCUUGAAUUGUAUGUGUAUUUUGUUAGAUUCCA